UGAAAACAUUUUCACUUGUUGGAAGGAGUUUGUGGGUCCAUUUUUUCGUUCCCUUUUGUUGGAGUUGAAUUCUCAGUGACUGCAGCCUGAGAUCGCCAGCGUCCAGCGGCACCAUGAUUGUCCGGGUUGUGCUACUAGCCCUAGCGGUUGCAAUUCCCGCUAUUGCAGCGGAAGAAUCCAAGAGGAACGAAGAAUAUGGCACCGUUGUUGGAAUAGAUCUUGGCACUACCUACUCGUGUGUCGGCGUGUACAAGAACGGUCGAGUGGAAAUCAUCGCCAAUGACCAGGGUAACCGUAUCACUCCUAGUUACGUGGCCUUCACCGGCGAGGGGGAGCGACUGAUCGGUGAUGCCGCCAAGAACCAGCUGACCUCCAAUCCUGAAAACACGAUCUUCGACGCCAAGCGUCUGAUCGGCCGUACAUGGGACGACAGCGCGAUCAAGAGCGACGUCAAGUACUGGCCAUUCAGUGUGGAGGAGAAGAACAACAAGCCGCAUGUGUCCGCUGAAGUUGACGGAAAGAAGAGUUUGUUCGCGCCAGAGGAGAUCAGUGCGAUGGUCCUGGGGAAGAUGAGGGAAACCGCAGAGGCUUACCUUGGACACAAGGUAACUCACGCCGUUGUCACUGUACCAGCCUACUUCAAUGACGCCCAGCGUCAGGCUACAAAGGAUGCCGGUACCAUCUCUGGACUGACAGUGCUGCGUAUCAUCAACGAGCCAACUGCUGCUGCUAUUGCGUAUGGCCUUGAUAAGAAAGACGGAGAGAUGAACAUCCUCGUCUUUGAUCUUGGCGGUGGAACGUUUGAUGUAUCCCUUCUGACUAUUGAUGGAGGUGUGUUCGAAGUGGUUGCAACCAACGGUGACACUCAUCUCGGUGGGCAGGACUUUGACAACCGCGUCAUGGAGCACUUCAUGAAGCUCUACAAGAAGAAGAGGGGCAAGGACAUCCGCCGUGACAUGCGAGCUGUGCAGAAACUCCGCCGUGAAGUCGAGAAGGCAAAGCGUGCGCUCAGUUCCACCCAUCAGACCCGAAUUGAGAUAGAAUCAUUCUUCGAUGGCGAGGACUUCUCAGAGACUCUGACCCGUGCCCGCUUUGAAGAACUGAACAUGGACCUGUUCCGCUCCACCGUCAAGCCGGUACAGCAGGUGCUGCAGGAUUCUGACCUCGCCAAGUCUGACAUUCAGGAGAUUGUGCUGGUCGGCGGCUCCACUCGCAUCCCCAAAGUGCAGCAGCUUGUGAAGGAGUUCUUCAACGGCAAGGAGCCGUCCCGCGGUAUCAACCCGGACGAAGCAGUGGCAUACGGUGCUGCUGUCCAAGCCGGUGUACUCAGCGGUGAUGCAGACACACAGGAUCUUGUCCUGCUCGACGUCAACCCUCUUACUAUGGGUAUCGAGACAGUCGGCGGCGUAAUGACCAAGCUCAUCCCGCGCAAUACUGUUGUGCCCACCAAGAAGUCGCAGAUCUUCUCCACCGCCGCCGACAAUCAGCCCACCGUCACCAUCCAGGUGUUUGAGGGUGAACGACCCAUGACCAAGGACAACCACUUGCUGGGCAAGUUUGACUUGAAUGGCAUCCCUCCAGCACCUCGUGGUGUACCGCAGAUUGAGGUGACAUUUGAAAUUGACGUGAAUGGCAUCCUGCGCGUGUCUGCUGAGGACAAGGGCACUGGCAAUAAGGAAAAGAUCGAGAUUACAAACGACCAGAACCGCCUAACACCUGAGGAUAUCGAGCGCAUGGUGAACGACGCCGAGAAGUUUGCCGAUGAGGACAAGAAGGUGAAGGAGCGCGUUGAAGCCAAGAAUGAGCUGGAGGGCUAUGCAUACUCACUAAAGAACCAGAUCAAGGACAAGGAAAAGCUUGGUGGCAAGCUCAGUGAAGAGGAGAAGGAGACGAUCACGGAAGCCACCGACAAGACGAUCAGCUGGAUGGAAAGCCAUGCCGAAGCAACAACGGAAGAGAUGCAAGAGCAGAAGAAAGAGCUGGAGGAAAUCGUCCAGCCAAUCAUUUCAAAGCUUUACCAAGGUCAAGGAGGCCCACCUCCCCCAGGCGGUGCAGGACCUGAUGGUGCUGGACCCCAGGGUGGUGCCGGCGGUGAUGAUGACCAUGAUGAAUUAUAGUUAUCUGAAAAGUUAUAAACUUGGUGGCAACAGGCCGUAUACCGGUUGUCCCUUUUCAAAAAAACAGUUUGAGCCGACUGAUCAUCAUUCUAGGGUCCAUUAUAUUAUUAUAUUUCUCCUCUAUUCCCAUUCGUAUCAUGGUGGGGAUGACGCGAAAAAGAACCAGUCAUUGGCGUCCCUUCACUGGCUUCAGUCCAUGCUGAUCUUUGCUGAUGAAUUCUUUUGUUUUGUAGUGUAUGUGCUGCUUGAGAAUUCUUUUGCGCCUUCAUUCAAUAUCGAUUUUGUGACUGACGGUCUUUGUAGACCGAAUUCCCACA